AUGCCAGAUGUUACAACAACAGUUAUAACAGCAACAUCGCCAACAGUUGUUACUAGGCAGAAAUAUGAAGAAGUUCAAGCAGAGCUUGACGAAUUGAUGAAACAAAGAGAAAAUCUAGAAGAAAGUUUGUUGACGCUUGAAACCAGUAUUUAUUCAUCUGAAGGUUCAUAUUUAGAAGAAAGUGGGAAUCUUAUUCGUGGAUUUGAUGGAUAUUUGAAACCUUCCUCGCAACAAGAUAAAAAAAAGAAAGACAUAUCUAAAGAAGCUCGAUUAUUUUCUAAUUCAAGUUCUUCUUCUAGAAAGGCACGUAAAAUGAAAGUCAAAUUGUCAUGGGAGUUGGUAAAUUCAUUUUCAGAGUAUUUGAAUGCAGAUUCAGAUGAGGAAGACGAGGAAGAAUUAGAUGCGUAUAAUGACUCGGUACAACGAUUAAAGGAUGCCGAUGAAAUUACAAAGGCAAUGACACGAGAUGAAUAUGUUCAUUAUUCAGAGUGUAGACAAGCAUCAUUCACAUAUCGUAAAGCGAAAAGGUUUCGAGAAUGGGCAAACAUGUCAGCCUAUAUUGACAUGAAACCAAACGAUGAUAUAAUUGAUAUUUUGGGAUUUUUGACAUUUGAAAUGGUUAGCAAAUUGACAGAAACUGCUUUAUUGGUCAAACAGGAAACAGAUCGAGAUUUUACCUCAAAUAAUUUAAAUAAUAAGUUGAAUAAAUUUAGACAAAUGUAUUUGCAAAAUGGUUAUGAUGGCGAGAAUGGAAUUCAUCUAUUUUCCAAGCCACCACCAGAACAAACUCCUCUACAACCAUCUCAUAUACACGAAGCAUUUAGAAGAUUACAAAUGGACUCACAGCCAAUGAAGAUUUUCAGAGGUGGAUUAAAUAGAACCAAAGUCAGUUUAAUCUAA